AUGGCCGCCGUCAAGCCGGAAUCAGGCGUCAAGCCUGAACCAGGCAUCAAGCUUGAACCCGCAGACGUCGGACCCUCACCCGCCGCCAUGUCGGAGGAUGACCUUUACGAGGAUGCUGGCGACUUGGAGUUCGUCGACCUAGAUCCUAACACGAAUACCACCGCCGCGAGCAUCUACCUAACCCACGUCCCGAAAUACCUCUACGAUGUCUGGGCCGAUCUGGAUGACGAUGCCGAGAUCCAGAUAGGCACUGUGCGCCAGUGGAGCGAGCCGGGGAAGGGAAAGAAUGGGGAACCGAAGCAAUGCAUAUCACUGUUGUUGGACCACACGCAAGCCAAACACCAAGCGAUCCCGAAGGAGUACAACCUCGACGUCAAGGAUAUGGCCCUACCGAACACCUACAUGUUCACCGAGCAAGACCUCCCCGGGUUCAAGUCUAAGCCUCAGGGAGCGAACAACAAUAUACCCCCUCACCUGCGCCGGGCACAUGAGCAGAAAUACCAGGAGAAGUCCGAAGACAAAAUUCAACAAGACGGCGUGCACAAAAAGAAAUGGCAGCCUCGCUACCGAAAAGCUAUCCCCAAAAAGACGGUCCUCGCCGGCAGAUUCCGACAUGAGCUGAACUGUCACCCUGUCUGGACGGAUGAAACGAAGCAUGUGAUGAAGAUGAUGAAUGACGAUGCUAUGAAGCCAAAGGCAACCACCACUAUCGUCACAGGUCGUGAUCCUAUUGGUGUCAUUGUGGCCGGCGCACAUACGUCUAAUGACCAAUUCAGCAACUUCAUUAAAAACACUCCCGAGGUGAAGAAGAUCAAGAAACAGAAAGAAGAGAAGGCAGCACGCAUGUCGCAAAACGACCUCCGCGACCGCAUAUUCGAAUGCUACGAGAAAUAUGCCUUCUGGUCGCUCAAAGCGUUCAAGCAAACCCUCAAUCAGCCUGAGACGUGGCUCCGCGAGAACUUGGAGGAGCUUGCGGUCUUGCACAAGUCCGGACGCUUCAGCAAUUACUGGGAGCUCAAGCCAGAAUACAAACGAGCAACCGCGCAAUCGAUUGAAGGCGCACCCCCUAGUCCGGCACCCGACGACUCGGAAUCCGACGCAGAUGAUGAAAAUGUGGAGAUGGAAGAUGUGGUAUGA